AUGUCGAAGAGAGGUCGUGGUGCCGCCGCGGGCAACAAGCUCAAGAUGACUCUCGGUCUGCCUGUCGGCGCCGUGAUGAACUGCGCCGACAACUCCGGUGCCCGCAACCUGUACAUCAUCUCCGUCAAGGGCUUCGGUGCGCGCCUGAACCGUCUGCCGGCUGCUGGUGUGGGUGACAUGGUCAUGGCCACCGUCAAGAAGGGCAAGCCCGAGCUGCGAAAGAAGGUCAUGCCUGCUGUCGUUGUCCGUCAGAGCAAGCCCUGGCGACGACCGGACGGUAUCUACCUGUACUUUGAGGACAAUGCUGGUGUGAUCGUCAACGCCAAGGGUGAAAUGAAGGGCUCUGCCAUCACUGGUCCCGUCGGAAAGGAGGCUGCUGAGUUGUGGCCGCGUAUUGCCUCCAACUCCGGUGUCGUCAUGUAA